UACGCAUCCAAAUAAAUACCACCGACCCGGCCGCCCACCUGCCAACUCUUGCGCGCGCCACCCCAAAAACGCAACGAAAGUCCAGCCAGAUCACUCGCAAGACAAGUGACCAUGGCGACCAACGCUCAGUCCACGUUCUACGAGCUUUAUCGCCGUAGCAGCAUCGGCACGGCUCUCACCGAUGCGCUGGAUGACCUCAUCCAGGAAAACCGUAUGGAUCCGCAGCUGGCCAUGAAGAUCGUCGCAAACUUCGACCGCGCUAUUGCCGAGACGUUGAACGAGAAGGUCAAGUCCAGGCUUACGUUCAGGGGCUCUCUCGAUACCUACCGCUUCUGCGACGAUGUCUGGACGUUCCUCAUCAAGAAUGUGUCCUUCAAGAUGGACAACGGCGGUCAAACGGUAACGGCCGACAAGAUUAAGAUCGUCAGCUGCAACGCGAAGCGACCGGGUGAGGGUCCGUAGGUGGACACUCCGGCGAGGCGAGAGAACCAGACCCCCAAGAGGGUCGAGACGACUCCAAAGCAGCGGAAGAAGGCCGCACCGCGCAAACGUGCUACCAAGAAAGCCAUAAAACAGGAGCCCGCCUCUGACAUCUGAACUUGGCUUGGUGCGACAACAACGGAUAAUGGGACCGGAACUCCAUAUAUCGCUUGCAUUUUUCAACGGGCUGGCAAAACUGUUACAUGCCCUGGGUGACUCCCUGAGUCUUUCAUGAUGGGUUCGUUUUCGAUUAGGACAUCUUCAAGGGACGGCGUUUUGGUCGGGGCAUGCAGAUGGUGAUUCCACGGAACGGAGUUGAAGCAUAACUUCCGGAUGGGAUCACCUCAGAGUUAUAGAGAUAAUCAAAUACACUCUUAGGUGCAGCGCACAUGCUGGCGAUCUUCUCUACCU